GUCGUUGCUCGAGCCCGCUAGGGCUCUUAGGGUGGAGGAGGCUGCGGAGUCCCGGCGCCAGGUCCUUGUCCCCGUGCGCCAUGAGUCCCGCGCGGCGGAGCGCCCCCGCAGUGCUGCGCCUCCUUGGCGGGCUGACCCUGCUGCUGCUGCUGUGUCCACCCGCUGCGCGGGGUGACUGCGGUCCUCUCCCAGAUGUACCUAAUGCCCAUACAAGUUUGGGAAGUGUUACACGUUUUCCUGAACAAGAAACAGUAACAUACAAAUGUAAUGAAGGCUUUGUAAAAGUUCCUGGCAAGCCAGACUCAGUGAUCUGUGUUAACAAUCAAUGGACAGAGGUUACAGAAUUUUGUAAUCGGAGCUGUGAUGUUCCACCCAGGCUACUUUUUGCAUCUCUCCAAGAGCCUUAUAGCAAACAGAAUUAUUUCCCAGAGGGUUCCACUGUGAAAUAUGAGUGCCGAAAGGGCUACAAAUGGGACUAUUCUCUAUCAGGAACACUAAUUUGCCUUCCGGAUUUUACAUGGUCCAAACCAGCUGAAUUUUGUAAAAAAAAAUCAUGUCCUAAUCCUGGAGAAAUACCAAAUGGUCAUGUCAGUAUACAAACUGGCAUACUAUUUGGCGCAUCCAUCUUCUUCUCAUGUAACACAGGGUACAAAUUAGAUGGUGUAUCUUCUAGUUUCUGUGCUCUCGCAGGUGAGACUGUUGAGUGGAGUGAUCCAUUGCCAGAAUGCAAAGCAAUUGCAUGUCCAAAACCACCAGAAAUUGACAGUGGAACAAUUCUAGAACCACGUGCCACUUAUGUGUAUAGAGAGUCUGUAACAUAUAAAUGUGAGAAAGGCUUCACCCUGGUUGGAGAGAGCUCUAUUUAUUGUACUGUAAAAGACGACCAAGGAGAAUGGAGUGGGCCGCCACCUGAAUGCAAAGAUAAUUCUAGGAUUUCCAAGGUCACAUCAACAGUUCAGAACCCCACCACAGUGCAUGUUACAGGUACUGAAGUCCCAUCAACUUCUCAGAAACCCACAACAGUAAAUGUUCCAACUACGGAAGCCCAAUCAACUCCUCGGAAACACACCACAGCAAAUGAUUCAGCUACAACAGUCAAAAAAUCCCCCAUAUCGAACACUCUAUUUGCAGAGACCCCACCAGCAUCCCAGAAUCCCAUCGUGACAAAUGCUUCUGCUACACAAGUCACACCAAAAACCCAAAGAGUCAACACACAGAGUCUUCCAGCAACACAAAAGUCCACUCCUGUACAUGCCUCAGUGACUAAGGGUUUCCAUACAACACAGAGAUUGACCUCUGCUGCUCCUAUUACAGCAGCACCGACUCCAGCUGUUCCCAGGGCAACCACGCGUUUUCCUGUAACAACCACAUCUGCAGGAAGAGGAACCCUUCUUUCAGGUGCUGUCAUCAUUGCAUCUGCUCUUAUUACACACAUGAGAACAACAAAGCACACAACGUUAUAGCUCAUAAUUUACUCAGCGGUGAUGCCUCAGAAGUAAGACCUGGUAAAUUAUAAAAGGUAUAUGAUUUUAUAAAAUCACAUUUCUGUAUCUUGCAAAAUGUUCAUCAAUACACUUGGCUCAGGAUUUAUCUCUGACUGUUAAAGAAUAAUAGAGGCUUAAACCCCUGUUAUUGUCAGAAUUAUUCUUUGUUGAAUGGACGACUAACAUAUAGACUCUCUCAUCCAUAUGAUGUGUCACCAGUUCUCGACUCUUCAGCAAUAGGCUCAUCAUCUCAUCCUGUGUUUUGCACUCAGUUGAUUGUAAUGAUUGGAUGCUAACAAUGCCACAGAUAUUUGGAAAAAUACCAAAAGGUUCAUACAUGAGGGCUUACAAAUAGAAAUGCCUUCAUUAUGACUAUUUGUGUCUUGAGAUGAUUGGCCUGUAUUGUAUUUCUUUCUCCUUUGUGCUUGAUGGCUUUUUAGAGUUUCCAGAGUUCAGAAAUAUGAAAAUUUGUUUUGAGGUACCUUUUAUAAGUCAUGUUUAUAGAUCUGGUAAGAUAUCUCCUUUAUAUUGUUAUACAGAAUUAUUACACAAAAAUAACAUAAGCGUAUCUGUGAAACUUUCUAGGUGUCUUGUUUUUUUGAUGAAAACUUUCCUCUAUUCCACAGGUAGUAGUCAGAGGGUUUUCAUUGACUUUUAAUUUGAAGGUAUCUUAGUUGAUUCUAACUCGGCCACUUAAUCUCAAGGAAGGAGAAACUCAAGCUUCAUGUUUUAGUUGCUGUUGCUAUAGCUAAUGAACUCGAAACUGUCCUGGCUGCGCGUCUCCAUUCUAACUUACUAAUUUUCAUUUAUUUUGCAACCCAAAUUAACCGAUUAAUUCUUUUUUGUGGUGUAUCACAUAGUAACUAAAAAAAUUAAUGUCUCUCACCAGUAAAUAAAAUUAUUUUGAUUUUAACUUCUUUUUUUUUUUUAACUUUCAGGACACACAUGUAUAACAUUGACAGUUUUGCUUAUGAUGCUAGUCACUAUUGGCUAGCUGACUUAGCCAAAGAAGAGUUAAGAAGAAAGUGCACACAAGUACACAGAACAUUUGUAGUUUCUUAGAGCUUUCUGGAGGAGUGGACACAAUAAAUGCAGUAGUGCUCUUCAUGUUGCAUGUUCUCGUUGUCCUUAAGGUGCAUAGGAAUGUCAACGAAGCAAAGAGAAAAAGGAAUCUGUCCUGGAAUCACAUUCUCAACACUCCUAAGACUCUUGAAAAUAGAACAACUUGCAGGAUUGAGAGUGAUUACUUUCCUAAAAGUGUAGGAAAGUGUAGAGAUUUGUUCACGCUUAGAAUGUGAGCAUGAAGAAAAUAAGUGACUUUUUUCCCCCCUAGAUAUGUAAUGUUAUUUUUACUUACAAAGGAAAUAAAAAAAUUAAAAAACAUGAAUUGGAUAUUGAAAACAAACAGUAAAAUCAGACUCUUUUGAGCAAAAUUGCUAAAAAGAAAUGAGCCACAUUAUAAAAUAAUCCUUCUUGACUAUAAGGCAUUUGCAUCUUAUUCCAUUAAAAUGAGUCUGAAUGGGUUGGCAAAAUAUUUUAAAGGAAAACAUGCUAAUGACCCAAGAGUGUUCAGUUUCUUGGUUUAGUUGGUGGCAAAGGAAGAGUAUAGCAUGAAGGAAUAAUUCUUUGUCACUACAAUUUUGUUCUUAGGACAAUCUUUUCUUUCUUUUUUUUUGGGGGGGGGAAGAGCCCUGUGAAAGGGUGAAAGGUGUCUUCCUUGACUUAAUGUCUUUAAAAGUAUCCAGAAAUAUUACGAUAUUAACAUAAAAAAAGAUUCUAUAUUUCUGAGCUGAGAUGUUCAUAGCCAAAUUAUUGUAAAUCUUAUUCUUUUGUAAUGUUAAGAUUAAUUUAUUUAUAUUUAUUUGUCAGUGAACAUAUUGGUUUUACAUGUAUAACAAAAAACAUUCAAGAAUAUAUGUAAAGAAAAAAUCUAUUUUCCCUAAAUAGAAAUAAAUAAUCACAUUUUUUUGUCUCAUGUAGUAUUUGAAAUUUGUUUUCUUAAAUGUAAAUAAUUUAUUUCUAAAUAAGAGAUUCCCUUCCUGCCUCCCAUAAGUAGUUUAGGAUGCUGUCCUUUGCUUAUCCUAGUAUGAUUCAUUUUCAGUUACUUUUAAUGUAUAACUUAUUAUUGAUUUACCUAAAAGCAAUCACAUUAAUUUCUAAAUUCUUAAUAUAUUCUUGUCAUCUUGCCAAUUACAUUUUAAAUGUUGGAAUAGACUAGAAUAUAAGCAUAACUAAAUUUAACAAUAAUUAUUUUAUCACAUCGCUUCAUCUAUUUUGUUGAAGUAUUUGAAAGUAAAUUCCAUAGGCAUCAUGACAUUUCACUAUAAAUACUUCAAUACGCAUUUCUAACAAUAAGGACAUUUUUUCUACCUAACCAUAAUCAUCACAACUAACAAGAUUAAUAAUAAUUUCCUAAUAGCUUCUAAUAUUAGGAAAUUAUUUUAACUCUCCUAACAUUUCUGUGACUAGGCACAUAUCCAUCUGCUACUUCACUCAUUUGUUAAAUAGGGGAGCCUGCUGUGUCUACUCUGACAAUCUGGUGCUUCCUGGGAUAGUAGCAAGGAUAACACUGACUCAGUUGUUCAGAAAAAUACCUGAGAGCCUACUAUGUGCGGGUUACCAUGUGCUGAGGUUACCAAGAUGACUACAACACAGAGUAGUCUACCCUCAAGUUGCUUACAGUCUACCACAGGAAGACUAAAACUCUACAUUUAUUGAGAGAAAGAACGUAGAGUUAUACAACUGUAGAUACAGAAUACAGAGGGUGCCUAAACUGGCUUUGCUAAGUGGAUGAGUGGUGGGCAGGGAGGCAUUCAGAACAGGAUGUGAAUUGAGAAAGGACAAAUAGGUGAGAUUCACAUGGUGGGAUUGGAGACUGCAAGUAGUGCAGCAUGUUCAAAAUAGGAAAGGCUUGGAGAGAGGGCUACAGUGUAUUGUUUGUUUAGUGUGGAAGCAAAAAUUAUGAAUUCCAAAUAUGUUAUUCCACUUUGAUUAAAUUAAAAGUUAGAAUCAACGGGCACAGGUUUAUCAUAGCAAGAAUUUUAGACAUCGGGAAAUAUUGAACUUUGACAAUACAUACAUUGAGUUAGGUUUUAUAGCUUAUUAUUUAGAUAAGGGUAAAAGCUGAAAAAAUAUUUAACAAUCAGUUACCUUGAAGAAAAUAAUAUGAACAGUAGAUAUGUUGAGGGGAUUGGGAUUUUCCUGGAAGAUUUAUAAUUACUUUGUAUCCUGUUGUCAUAAAGUUGUGUAGUUUUAUUUUUUCCCCAGAUAAGCUCUCCUGUGAGAUUAUACUUUGAUUGCAAAGAUUGUGUUGCCUUUAUUCUUGAGACUGAUGCUUAUUUGUUGCAAGAGGUUAUACUUGCUUACCACAGAAAUUUGUGUUUUAUAAUAUUUAACCCACUAUCACUAUCAAAAAUCUUGGGACAAUUGAACAUUAAUAGUUUUUGUCUCAUCGAACCCUAGCACUGAUUUUGGUUAAUGCCCAAAGUGGACAUGCCUCAUUUUCCACCCGCAGACCUUGAGUGCUCCCUUUACGCCCUGGCCUAAGUUAAAAGCAGCCUCUUCCCUGGCAUUAAUGCUUCCUUUGCAGUCUGCUCCAACAGUGGCUGGUUCCUCUUCAUACUGCAUAUGCCUCAAUGUUGAGAAGUGGUGUUUUCCUUGUUGCCCAUUCCCACUACUUCCAUCUCAAGUCUCCCAUACACUCUUUAAAAAGAGUAACUGUUCUUCCACUCUUGUAGGAUAAUUUACUAAAAUGUUAAAUUUUUUCCGUAUAGUUUUCCCUCUCUGAAUUCCAAGCAGGUAGCCAAAUUUUGGUUUUCCUUGCCACAGGGGAACAUCAUGACAGAAUGGAAGCGGAACUACUUAAAGAUAACUCUUUUCCUUGCUUUUCUUCUCUGGAAUCCUAUACUCUCAUCAUGGACUAAGCUGUGAGGACAGAGGUAGAAGAAGCAGAACCAGGAAGAGAGAAGAUUCCUGUGAACAACAAAGAAGACCGAUGUUGCCAGCAAUCUCAAAGUCUCCAAGCCAGGCAUCUUGACAAUUUCUGGGGAGAUGAGUGAUGGGAAGUGUAUUAUAUUUUGAAGUUGCGACUAGCAGGAUUUGUUAAAAGAUUAGCUGUGCAGUUAAAAAGAAAAGACUUAGGAUGACACCAAGAUUUUUAGUCUGAACAACACAAAGGGAGAGGUUGCCACAUAAUGAGUUGGGAAAGACUUUUGUAACAGAAAGAUAAGGAGUUUUCAGGUAUGAUGAGUUUGAGAUACCUUUUAGACAUCAAAGUGGAGAUGUUGUAUAAGUAGUCAAAAAUACAAAUCUGGAGCUCAGAGGAGGUUACUUGGCUUAAGAUAGAUAUAUAUUUGGGAGUCAGCAAUAGGAAUACAUGUGUCAAGGAACCUAAGUGAAGAAAGCAAGAUGAAGACUAAGAUUAAACAUUAGGGUUUACAAUAGGGAGGUCAUUGGGGGCCUUGACUAAAGCUCUUUCAGUAGAGUGGUUGUAGGUAAAAGCCCAGACUGAGAGGCUAAAACAGAGAGUUGGGGGAGAGAAAUUGGAGCUAGCUAAUACAGGUAGAGUAUAGACAACUUUUUUGAGAAGUUUUGCAGAGAAGUUGGGGCAGAGGAAUAUGAUGUUUGCUGGAAGGCAAUGUGGGAUCAAGAGAGGUUUCAUUUUAAAAUAUGGGGAAAAUUAUAUCAUGCUGCAUGUUGAUGGAUAUGAUGCAGGAGAGAAAGGUAAGAAUUCUAAAGUUCUUGAGGAAGUGAGAAGUAAUGGAUUCCACCCUGAGAAGCAGUGUAGCUAGUGGUUAAGAGCGUGGAUUCUGGUGACAGACUGUGCUUAAUUUGGAGUCCACCAUUUAACAGCUGUGUGACUCGAGGAAACUUCCGUGUCUGUGUACCUUAGUUAUCUAUCUUGAAAGUGAUUUCCACCUGUAAAGUGGGGAGACAUAGGAUUGCUAUGAGAAUUAAGUAAGUUAGUAAACAUAAAGUGCUUAGAGUAGUGCCAGCCACAUAGGAAGUGCUCAGUAAGUUUUAGCUCUUAGUGCACAAGUGGAGAGAUUUGCCUUAGAAGCAGAUAGGGCAGAUCACACAUAGUUAACAGGAAGGAAGGUGGCAUAUAAGGGCACAGUUGCAGGUCGACGGGGAUAUCAUGGUGACAGCUUUUGGAAAUUUUCCUCAAAUUUCUUCUGUUUUCUCAAUGAUGUAUAAAGCAAGGUCAUCAUGAGUAUGAUACACAUGAGAUGUUGUAUGUUUGAAGAGAGGACAAGAAGGGAAGAACUAGAGAAAUUUAGUAAAAUUAGUGGGUAGUGCUAAGGGCCCAGUUGAUGUGAAUGCUCAUGAAUAUAAAUUGCAACCA